AGGAACAGCCAUCAAAAUCCCCAUAGUGUGUGUGGGUGCUGGAAGGAGGUCCCGGAACGUUGGAUACCAUCUACAAUUCAAUGUGUAACAACACCCCUUGUGUCAUUGUGGAGGGAUCUGGUCGAGUUGCUGACAUUAUAGCACAGGUAGCGAAUCUUAGUUCCUCCAGGAUUACCGUCAGCCUCAUUAAGAAUAAACUGCAAAAUCUUUUCUCGGAGUCGUAUGACAAUUUCACAGAAGAUCAGAUCAUCAUGUGGACCAAGAAAAUUCAAGAUAUUGUCCGCAUGAGGUCUCUGCUCACCAUCCUCCGGGAGGAGAAGGUUGGAGAUCGAGGGAUGGAUGUGGCAAUCCUGCAAGCAUUGUUGAAAGCUUCUCAAAAUGCUGAUAACAAUGGCCAGGAGAACUGGGACCAUCAGCUGAAACUCGCUGUGUCCUGGAACCGGCCAGACAUUGCUCAGACUCAGAUCUUUACAGAAGACUGGACCUGGAAGCCGUCUGAUCUGUAUCCCAGCCUGACAUUGUCAUUAAUUGAAGACAAACCUUCAUUUGUGCGCCUGUUCCUGGAGCGUGGAGUCAGUCUGGCGGAGUACCUCACCAGGGACACUCUCACCUACUUGUACAACAAUACAGAACCAUCCAGUUUGAUUCACAGCAAACUUGAGAGGGAAGCCACAGUAGAGGGAUCAAAGGAAAUUGUUUUAUCUACCAUAGAACUUCACCACGUCUCCCAUGUCCUACAGGAUCUUCUGGGAGACCUAACAGAGCCUCUAUACCGAGAAUCCAAGCGUAAACAAAGGAGCAUGGUACAGAUCAACAUCAAGAGCAAUGGGAAAGUGGGGGCUAUGAAACACAGGGAACACCAGCAGUUGGACCAUCCUGUGAGGGAUCUUCUCAUCUGGUGCAUCGUGCAGAACCGAGCAGAGAUGGCAGACAUCUUCUGGAAUCAGACUCAGGAUAGUGUAGCUGGAGCCUUGGCCUGCACCAAGAUCCUGAAGGCUCUCUCCAAGGAGGAGGAAGACUCUAAGGAAAUAGAGGACAUGACAGCACUGGCAGACCUUUAUGAGGAGCGAGCUGCAGGUAACAUAAAUGUUUAAG